AUAAAAGUAAAUAAAUUCACUUAAUAUCGAUACGAUAUAUUAAGCAGCUGAAUUCAUCCAUCGCAGUUUUGAAGAGCUGAGAUUUCUAGUCACAAUUGAAGAUACAAAUCAGAUUAAUAAUGACAAACUAAUCAAUGAUAGUUCACGGUGAAUCAAUAGUUGAUUACCUGGCUAUGUCAACAGCAAGACCAUUGAUAAUGUCGUUUUAUAAGACAGCAUAAUAUUUGUAUUUCGUAACGUGCAGCUACAUUGAUUGAAGUUGCAGUAUUCUCAGUUGUAACUUAGAGGAUCAAAACGUCUUGAAAUUUGAAAAAUGUUGCCGACAAAUAUGGUCCGGUUGUUCAACAUCUUUGUAAUAUUCAUUACAAUAAUAUUACUAAACGAAUGUAGAUCGAAUCCAGCAAAACCGAACUGCCUGCCAAACUCACAACAUAUGAGAAGAAAUGGCGCAAAUGAUACAGAAAAAGACAAAAAGCCUGAGUGCGUGGUCUACUGGCCUUAUUAUUACCCUUAUUAUUAUUACCCCGUCUAUUACCCUUCGUAUUAUUACUAUUACCCCUAUGUGUAUUUUUAUGGUUAAGUUAUACAUAUUUAUGUACUUAGUUAAAAAAAUGUCUAUGGUUGUAUUUU